GCUACUAUGCGUGAACGUUGCCUGCAACGCCUUGAUGAUGUUGUGAUGAGACAAACUCGACCAUCCCCGACUGUCACGGAAUGUUAUAGUCACCAUGGUGAUGAAGUCAGCAGUUGAGGAUGAUGAUGCUGGCUGGGGGCUAGGCAUACCAGAAAAGAUGAAGAACAGUGCCAACUGGGUUGAUAUUACAUGUGAAUUCAAGAAUGCAUGUAAAGAGUUGGAUCUUGGAGAAUUGCUUCAUGACAAACUGUUUGGCCUGUUUGAGGCCAUGUCAGCCAUAGAGAUGAUGGAUCCUAAGAUGGAUGCAGGAAUGAUUGGAAACCAGGUCAAUAGAAAAGUCCUCAACUUUGAACAAGCUAUCAAGGAAGGUGCCAUCAAGGUGAAAGACCUUAGUCUUCCUGAACUCAUUGGGAUCAUAGACACAUGUUUCUGUUGUUUGAUCACAUGGCUAGAGGGCCACUCCCUGGCGCAAACUGUCUUUACCUGUCUGUACGUCCAUAACCCAGACCUGAUUGAAGAACCGGCUCUAAAAGCCUUUACUCUGGGUAUCCUGAAGGUGUGUGACAUCGCUCGAGAGAAAGUCAACAAGGCUGCGGUGUUCGAGGAGGAAGAUUUCCAAGCCAUGACCUAUGGCUUCAAGAUGGCCAAUAAUGUCACAGACCUGCGGGUGACAGGUAUGCUGAAGGAUGUGGAGGAUGAGUUACAGAGGAAAGUUAAAAGCACACGUAGUCGACAGGGUGAGCAGCGAGACCCGGAUGUUGAGUUGGAGCAUCAGCAGUGCUUGGCACUUUUCAAUAGAAUCAAGUUUACUCGACUUCUGCUGACUGCACUGAUCGCCUUUACCAAAAAAGAGACCAGCUCAGUGGGCGAGGCCCAGAAGCUUGUGGCUCAGGCAGCUGAUCUCUUGUCAGCAAUUCAUUCCAGUAUCCAGCAUGGCAUCCAAUCACAGAAUGACACCACUAAAGGAGACCACCCCAUCAUGAUGGGCUUUGAGCCCCUGGUCAACCAGAGACUGCUGCCACCGACCUUUCCUCGUUACGCCAAGAUCAUUAAGAGGGAGGACAUGGUGGCCUACUUCAGCAAACUCAUAGAACGCAUCAAGACUGUCUGUGAUGUGAUCAACACCACCAACCUGCAUGGCAUACUAGAUUUCUUCUGUGAGUUCAGUGAGCAGUCUCCCUGUGUCCUCUCCAGAUCCCUACUUCAAACAACGUUCCUGAUAGAUAAUAAGAAAGCGUUUGGCACCCACCUGAUGCAGGACAUGAUUAAAGACGCCCUCAGAUACUUUGUCAGCCCACCAGUUCUUUCCUACAAGUGUUGUCUUUUUAACAACCACCAGGCCAAGGAUUACAUUGACUCCUUUGUUACACACUGUUCCAGGCCAUUCUGCAGUCUGAUUCAGAUUCACGGACACAAUCGAGCUCGGCAGAGGGACAAACUGGGUCACAUUCUGGAAGAGUUUGCCACACUGCAGGAUGAGGCAGAGAAGGUGGAUGCAGCGCUGCAUAGCCUCUUGAUGAAACUUGAACCUCAGCGACAGCAUCUAGCCUGUCUUGGCACUUGGAUCCUCUACCAUAACCUGAGAAUCAUGAUCCAGUACCUGCUGAGUGGUUUUGAACUGGAGCUUUACAGUAUGCAUGAGUACUACUACAUCUACUGGUACCUGUCAGAGUUCCUUUAUGCAUGGCUAAUGUCCACUUUGAGCAGAGCUGACUCCUCUCAGAUGGCAGAGGAGAGAAUUCUGGAGGAGCAGCUGAAGGGACGCAGCAGUAAAAAGACUAAGAAGAAGAAGAAAGUUCGCCCUCUCAGCAAGGAAAUCACCAUGAGUCAAGCAUACCAGAACAUGUGUGCCGGCAUGUACAAGACUAUGGUAGCUUUGGAUAUGGACGGGAAGGUGCGAAAGCCUCAGUUUGAGCUGGACAGCGAGCAGGUUCGCUAUGAGCACCGCUUCGCCCCCUUCAACAGUGUGGUCACCCCUCCACCUGUGCACUACAUCCAGUUCAAGGAGAUGUCUGAUCUGAAAAAGUACAACCCUCCUCCAGGUUCUGCUGACCUGUACCUAGCAGCUAGCAAACACUUUCAGCAGGCCAAGCUCAUCCUAGAAAAUGUGCCCAGCCCAGACCCUGAGGUGAACCGUAUACUGAAGGUGGCCAAGCCUAAUAUUGUAGUUAUGAAGCUCCUGGCUGGAGGGCACAAAAAGGAGACUAAGGUACUCCCUGAGUUUGACUUCUCAGCUCACAAGUAUUUCCCUGUGGUCAAGAUCAUCUGAUUCUGCACUGCACCACAGGAUGAAAGUCUGUGCAUCAGCUUUCAAAGGCUGUACCUUCAUCUGAAGCAGUGUGCAGUGGCCCUCAUCCAGUUCAUGUCUGAACAGUGUGUGAUCACUGUGCAUCUGUAAAGGAGUGUUUGACACACCCACUUUUUUUCCAGUUGACUAGUAGAAAACCAAGAGAACUCACAUCUGGAUUCAAAUGAGUGAAAAUGUCCACAUCUGCACCUGUGAAAGUGUGUGUGUGUGUGUGUCCACAUGCACAAGUCAAGACACAAGUGGAGGUGCUGUUGUGCAAAGAGCCAUUUUUUAUUUUUUUGGGGGGGGCGGUAAGCCACUUACAGAACAGUCCAGUAAAGAAUGCUGUAAAAAAUAAUGGGUGCAUAUCAUUAAAUCAUAUUAUGACACCAUUCUGUGCAUCUGUAUUUAUCUGAACAAUAAAAUACUUGUAAAGACUAAAA